UUACAGAGUAACUGGGUCACGUGAGAUGCUCCUCUAAGAGUGCUGUGACGCCGUCGAGCACCGUCAGUGUAGCGGUGUCUGACAGACAGCUUUCACGGGCCAGCAGCUGUCUCGGCUGGAUGAGAGAUCCGGCAGGGGUCGGGGUCGGUCCAAGACGUAUCAGAAGAAUGCUUCUGCAGAGGAGAAGAAGCGGAGUGUCCAGUCACAGCCAGGAGCUGAAGGUAGAUGAGUUAUUGCUUUUGUUCUCCCUCUAGGAGUCGGGGUACAUGUUUCAACUGUGACGGGACUCAGAGGUGGAGCUGAUUUUUUAUUUUAUUUUUUUAUAAUUCUAUUUUCAUCCAUCGCGUUUCACUGCGAAUACACUGCACAGCAGCCGGGCUCAGCAUCGUGGAGCAGCAGCCGCAUACCUGCAGCUCUGCCGCCGCUCUGCGUUUCCUUCCAGCGGUUUGGCUCCAGAUGAAAGUGCGGGGACGCUUUUUCAUUUUUAAAUGACAAGAACGUCUCUGUAGAGGAGGACAAACUUGGAUAAGAUCAAGGAAACAACUGGGAACUGCAUCGUAAAGCAAGAAAUGUGCAUUUGAAAAAAGAAUUAUAUAACGGACCCUGGGAAGAGAAGAGGGGUAAAAGGGAGUCGCACCAGGAGGAGAACAAAAAAAUAAAAAAUAAAAAUAAAAACAUUCCCCGCAGGUUACUUGAGGUUCUGCUGGCAUGAGGAGCAGGAGGGUCGUUUCCACAUCUAAGGUGACUGUGCAAUUAGCGAAAAGGGAGGCGGAGGACGGAGGGCACAACUGAAGUCCCGGUCAGAAGAGGCGGUGAUGGCGGGUGAGAGUACCGGGGUUCAGUUCACCCGUGCGCCGACCGCAGCCCUGUCAGCAGCCGCAGCAUGAGGUGGAGGAGAGUCCUUGUCCACCUAAGAUAAAGAACCCCAUGAUGCACUGCCUGGCUUAAGGGUGCAACAAGAGUAAGGGAGAAAAAGUUGGAAGAGGGAGCAGACACAGAGGAGGUGACCCUUAUUAUAACCUGAAGAAGACAAGACCCAGUACGUGACCCUGUUUGUCUGAAGUGCCAAAGAAGACAAGGAGAAGCGUCGCUGGUGAAAGAAUAGCCGCCUUCCUCUUUCCACCAGGAGCCCUUUCAACCUUGCUUCAAGCUACACUUAGGGGCUCAACUGUUCCCUUGACUCCACCAGGAGCCUCGCUCCAACCCAUCUGCCAGCUCAGAUAACCUUCUGAUUGUUGGCAACCACAUGUUUGAGGUGACUGCAUGUGACCACCACCGCCCAUUCUCGAGAAGGAGCAGUGUCUCGCAACCCCAAUCUGCAUCAUGCAGUGGAGACGUCGGCACUUGUGUUCCAUCAAGAUGACCUGGACCAUCAAACGUUCCCUGUUUCGGACACAUGUGGCUGGUCUGCUCUCCCUGGCUCUUCUCUUUACAGUCUUUCUGUUUUUCAGCCACCAGGAAUGGCUGCCAGGGCGCAGUGGGCCUCGUGACUACCCGCUGGCUUACACCAUCAGGGGUCUCCGGGCUCCCAAGGGAGAGGCCAACCAGAGCAGCUCCCUGAGGAGCCUGUGGAAGGAGACAGGGUAUGGCGCGCCAAAGCCUCUUCUCAACCUCAGCUCUCAACAGACAGAGGGAACAGCAGCUGAGCCAGGAGGAGGAGGAGGAGCUGGAGGAGGAUCCAGGACGGCCAUCGUGGGGCUUGGGGACUCCAUGAGCUCUAACAACAGUUUACAGAAGGAGAUGGAUGUUGGGGAGAAGCUUAGUGCUCAGCCCUACCGCUACAUCCUGAAUGAGCCUUUCAAGUGCAGGGACAGUACGCCCUUCCUCAUCCUCCUCAUUGCUGCUGAGCCUAGACAGGCCGAUGCACGCAACGCAAUCCGGCAGACGUGGGGAAAUGAGAGUGUAGCAGGAGGCCUGGGAUUCGUCCGACUUUUUCUUCUUGGCACAGGAAAGAGUUCAGAUGCCUUCCUUCAAAGUAGCAUUGAAGAAGAGAGCCGUGUUUACCAUGAUAUCAUUCAACAGGACUAUCGGGACACCUACUACAACCUAACCACCAAAACCUUGAUGGGCAUGAACUGGGUAGCCACCUACUGCCCACUCGUCUCCUAUGUGAUGAAGACGGACAGUGACAUGUUCAUCAAUACAGAGUAUCUCAUCCAAAAGCUGCUAAAACCCGAAUUGCCCCCCAAACAGAAGUAUUUUACAGGCUAUCUAAUGAGGGGCUAUGCACCAAACCGAAACAAGGACAGUAAGUGGUACAUGCCACCAGAGCUUUAUCCAAGCGAGCGCUACCCAAUAUUUUGCUCAGGCACGGGGUACGUGUUCUCAGGGGACAUGGCCGAGUUGAUCUAUCAGGCCUCGCUAAGCAUACGCAGGCUGCAUCUGGAGGACGUGUAUGUAGGGAUCUGCCUGGCAAAGUUACGCAUUGACCCUGCACCCCCUCCCAAUGAGUUCCUCUUCAACCAUUGGCGCGUCUCUUAUUCCAGUUGCAAGUACAGCCACCUGAUCACAUCCCAUCAGUUUCAGCCCAAUGAACUCAUCAAGUACUGGAACCAUUUGCAGACCAACAAGCACAAUGCCUGUGUCAAUUCGGCCAAGGAGAAGAACGGCAGACACAGACAUCGAAAGCUCCAUGGGGAGAGGCUUCCAUGAUGAAUCCUGUGACAACAGCUCACUUAAGGAAGUAAAGGAUCUUGUGCAAAGAAGGGAACGUUGAACUCGGCACUAUAUUUAAAAAAUUAUAAAAGCACAUUGUUUUUGGUAUUGUGUACAGUUUAUGAACCAACCUAUUUUUUUAUUUUUGAAAGAGUUAUUGUAAAUCUAUGGAGCUAUUUCCGAAAGGAAGAAUAGGGGACAUGAAUAUGCGAUGCACAAAGAAAGCUGCAGCUCAAAAGUGGGGUUUUGGAUAAUUCAGGUGCCAACAGUUGGAUGGCAAUUCCUGCUCUUCUCUCAAGGGCAGUGCAGUAUGUCAGUCUAUGAUGUUUAAAGAGAUGGGUUAAAAAAAUAAAACCCACCACUGUGUUUACACAGACAAAGGGAAAUGUACAUUUAUUUUGAAAAGUUACACUACCUAAAUAUGAAUGAAUGAUAUAAAUCUUUUAACACUGACCAGUUAUGCUGCCCUGUUUCUCAGUGUUUACUUUACAGAUCUAUCAAAGUACACUGCUAAGAGUGGUUUUCUUGUCAUCUAAUGUAUUUUAUUUUUCAAGGGAUUCACAUGAAGCACCACAAUCACAUCAGAGAUGACUGAGAUUGUAUUUUCUAAAGCUUUACAUUGAGUACUACUCUGCACUUAAGUAAAUGUGCAAUGACUCAGUUAAAAAAAAAUAAAUGUACUGAAUUCA